CUCCCCCGUCCGGCGGCGGCUGCCUGCCCACCGGCGCGCCUCUGCCCGCCGCCGCGGCGCAGCCCCGCCUGACACAGACGAACAAAAGGCGCCGCGGCCGCCCCCGCCCCUUCUCUUCCUCGCGGCGGGGACCCGGCAGUUCCCCGCAGGCAGCACCGGUAGGAGAAGCCGCUGCAGCGACCCGCGGCCCUCGGAGCGCCGGAGUCAGACUGAAGAAUGAGUUAAAGUAACUGAAAUGAUGACAACCAUAAGACAGAGAAGGGUGGGGAAAGGCACAGAAGCAGCUGAAGAUCAGCCUUCAGAGGAGAAAAAUGUGAAGCCUGAUGGGAAAAUUCUGUCUGAUCAUACAGGUGGAAAGCUGUGGAACAUACUCUCAGUAACUGUUGGUGGAAUUGUUGCCAUCUCUCUUGGACUUCUUACUUCUGUUUAUGUUGCUACACUGCAUGAAAAUGACCUGUGGUUUUCCAAUAUUAAGGAGGUUGAAAGAGAAAUUUCGUUCCGAACAGAAUGCGGACUUUAUUAUUCCUACUACAAACAGAUGAUUCAGGCUGCUUCCAUCCAGCAAGGUUUACAUGGUUUAGUAUAUGACAAUAAAACUGAAUCUGUGAGGACAAUUAACAUACUUGAAAGAAUGAAUGUUUACCAGGAGGUGUUUCUCAGCAUUCUGUAUAGGAUUCUUCCAAUUCAGCAAUACCUAGAGCCCAUUUAUUUUUAUAUCUACACUUUGUUUGGACUUCAGGCAGUUUAUGUCAUUGCUCUGUAUGUAACAAGCUGGCUUCUUAGUGGAACAUGGCUUUCAGGGUUGUUGGCAGCUUGCUGGUAUAUUACAAACAGAAUAGAUACUACAAGAGUGGAAUUCACCAUUCCUUUGAGAGAGAACUGGGCACUACCAUUCUUUGCUGUUCAGAUAGCAGCCAUCACAUACCUACUCAGAACCCAUUUACAGCCUGCUCAAGAAAGAUUGACACUUAUGGCUAUAUUCAUAGCAACGUUUCUAUUUAGCCUGACUUGGCAAUUUAAUCAGUUUAUGUUGCUGAUACAAGCUCUGGCGUUAUUCAUACUGGACUGCUUUGACAUGCUUCCCACAGCAAAAGUUACCAGGCUCUAUAUUAUUCAGAUUUCUGGAUUACUACUGGUCUGUGUCCUACAGUUCUUUAAUAAUAUGAUUCUCGGAUCAUUACUUAUAAGUUUUAAUGCUUCUGUCUUGAUAGUAAGAGCAAUCCAGAAAAACCUAAAAAAGGGCAGCUUGCUUAAUAGGCUUGGGAAACUGAUCAUCCAUGUGCUGUUAGUCUUGGCCCUGACUCUUAUAAUAAAUAAAUUCAUCAAGAAAGUUCUUAAUCUUGAGUCAGAUGAACAUAUAUUCAAAUUCCUGAAAGCUAAAUUUGGAUUUGGGGCAACAAGAGAUUUUGAUGCAAACCUGUAUCUUUGUGAAGAAGCCUUUGGUUUACUACCAUUAAAUACUUUUUCAAGGCUCUCAGAUACAUUACUUUUCUAUGUCUACAUACUUGUUCUCUUCCUUCUGACAACAGCAGCUGUAAUUGUUGCCUUUCGGAACCUCAGUGGUCCAUAUCAAGUCCAGUUCAUGGAAAAAACAGAGGAGUGCACAAUAACACUGAGGCCUGAUGCUGCUUACAACUUAAUUCACACAGUUCUUUUUGGAUGUCUGGCAUUAAGCACAAUGAGAAUGAAGUACCUCUGGACAUCCCACAUGUGUGUAUUUGCAUCUUUUGGCUUGUGCAGUACAGAAGUAUGGAGACUUAUCCUGAAGUGUGUUCAUCUCUACACGUCACAGAGGGCACAUCUGAUUAAGUAUUCUGUACCAAUAAUUGCAUUACUAUACAUUUCAUAUAAGUUCUGGCCAGGAAUAAUGGAUGAACUAUCAGAGCUGAGAGAAUUCUAUGACCCAGACACUGUGGAGCUGAUGAACUGGAUUAAGUCAAAUACUCCAAACACAGCAGUGUUUGCUGGGAGCAUGCAGCUACUAGCAGGAGUCAAACUGUGCACUGGACGGACCUUAACUAAUCACCCCCACUAUGAGGAUAAGCAUCUGAGAGAGAGAACAAAACAGAUUUAUCAGAUCUAUGCCAAGAGAUCUCCUGAAGAUGUUUACAGAAUACUGCGAUCCUUUGGCACAGACUAUUUGAUCCUGGAGGACAGCAUUUGUUACGAGAGGAGACACAGCAGAGGCUGUCGCUUACGUGACUUACUUGAUGUAGCCAAUGGCCACAUCAUGGAUGGUUUGGGAGAGAAUGAACCUGAUUUGAAACCUUCGUUGUAUCCUCGCUUCUGUGAGGAAAUCAAAAAAAACCUGCCUUCUUAUACCAUACACUUCAGUAGAGUGUUUCAGAACAAAACAUUCCACGUUUACAAACUUGCUAAGCAUAAAUAACAUUUCCAACCAUGGCUUCAAGUUCAGUAUUUUGAUGCUAGGACCCACAUUAGGAAAAUGCAACAGAAGUUUACAAACAUGUGACAUUUGUAAGACAUUUUACAUUGAUGGUUUCUUGUUUAAUUACUGUGAUUCUUAUUUUUUUAGACAGUUUACUUUUGAUAACAUUCUUGAAUGUUGCCAAAAUUUUCAUAGAUUCAUAAUUAAAUGCUGGCAGGGACCAUUUUGAUGAUCAAGUCUGACCUUGGGAACACCUAGGAUAUAAUUGUUUUCCAGUUUUAGCUGACUGGAGGACACACAAAAUGAGCUGCCUGUGUGACCACUGCAGAGUAGCUCACCUAUGAGGUUCUGCUCAGCAGUGGGGAUUUUUACUGUAAAAGAAAGGAAGUUCAAUGGAAGCAGGCCCUGCUACUCCUAUAGUUGAGUAUGCAUUAUCCUUCUGAAUCCUGAAAAUACUCACACAAAUUUUUACCUUACAGUCUGAUCCUCUUUGACAGAUCCUUGUGCUCUUUCAGUGCCUCUUUUUUUAAUUCUUUGGGAAUGUGUGCAGAUAUGAGUUUCCAAACUUGUGAGUGUGAUGGCAGAGACAGUGAGUGCAAAGUGAGCAAACAACUUUGAAAAGUAAAAUUUCAAUCACUGUCCAGCAUUUUUAGUGAUACAGAAACAUAACUGGUUUAUAACAUUAAGAGUGUCAUGUUGGAGUGUUAUGUAUUUCUAAUGAGAAUAAAGGUUGGAGCAUGCUUGGUA